AUGAAUCUGUACGCAAGAGCCGGUAUUAACUUCGAGCACUCGUGGGGUGACGGUGUCGCGGUCUUGCGUUACUUUCAAGAGAUUUUUAAGGAAACGACCAAAGCCCCGUUUGUGCAUCCUGGUCAGAAGGGAGGUCCGACUCAAGGCACCCAGGAUGGAGUAUUUCCGAUCGAGUUCACCGUUGACGAAACGGUUCGGAAUGCCCUAAGAGUAGCGGAAAACAAUCAUAACGCGGUCAUCGAUUCGCUGGACAUGAACUUUAUGAAGUAUGAGGGCAUGAACAAGGGUUUCUGCAAACAGCAGCGCAUCAGCCCCGACUCGGUAAUGCAGCUGGGCUUUCAGCUUGCAUUCUACAAGCAGCACGGCCAGUUCGUCGGAACGUACGAAUCGUGCAGUACGGCUGCGUUCCGGCACGGCCGAACGGAAACGAUGCGGCCGUGUACGGUGGCAACGAAGGAGUUUUGCUUGGAGGUCGAACGGAAAACGGGAGAGCGGAAGACUGCGGCUGAGCUACGCGAAAUCCUGAACCGCUGCUCGACAGUUCACGGGCAACUCACGAAGGAGGCCGCGAUGGGUCAGGGUUUCGAUCGUCAUCUGUUUGGGCUGCGGCAUACGGCCCAACGAAAUGGCCUCUCGGUGCCGGCCCUGUACGAAGAUCCGGCUUACGCUGCAAUCAACCAUAACAUACUGUCGACCAGCACGCUCUCGUCACCAGCUCUGCUGGCCGGAGGAUUUGGACCAGUGGUACGCGAUGGUUACGGGAUUGGGUACAACAUUCAAGACGGGUAUCUGGGAAGUGUCGUCUCAAGCUACAAACCGCAUCGGAACGGGCGUGAGUUUGUCGAUUGUUUGCGGGAUGCGUACGAAGACAUUGCCAAGGUUCUCAAGGCUACUGGUCCACCUUCAAAGGACAAGUGA